UCAUAUUAACGCCUUUUAAAAGGCAAACAGCAUCACUUGACAGAGCUGUAGACUUGCAAGCAGCUUAAUCAUUAAAAAUAUAGAAUAUACUGGUGGGCUUACGAAGCGAUGUAUAGUCAGAUAAACACAUAUAAAAGGGUAUGUGUACUAAAUCGGUAGCCAUUAUGGCGUCAGCUGUUGUAGUUUAGCUCUAUCUCUUGCUAAGGUAUCCUUUAAAUUUGCAGUUUGAUAUCAAAUUAUGCGAACAUGUGGGAAUGUGUGGGAAAAAAAUGUUUAGUCAUCAUAAUUUCUUCUGUUUAUGACGUGGUCGUGAUUGUGAGCAAUUACUUUGUAACAUUAAUUGCUUCGUAUACUUCCUUUAACUUCAAAGUUAACGAGUGUAGUGGGAAGAUGUUGUGUUGAACUUGGAUAGCAAGAAAUGAAACAAGUAGUUGGAUUACAGAAAUGAAGGAAGCGAAUUUACUUGCGCCAGUAUUAACAAUUUUCAUCAUUGCUGGGAUAUUACUGUAUUUAGUCCACAGAGAAUGGAAUUGUUGCCACAAACGCCCGGCAAAAGAUAAUGUAGUUCGGGAUGACACAGACAUCUCAUCAGUGGAGAUUGACGUUGAAACGGAGAACAAUGUGGAUGACUAUUCGAGCAAAAAAGUAGGAUUUACGAACGCGUCGUACGUCACAUCCGAUAUGGACACUGGUCUUCGUGAAAGUUUUAUUAGUGUGGUUGUGGAAGAUAUGGGCCAUUACAUGUUGUGUGAGUCAGAUGACAUAGUUGGAAAUAACGCGACGUAACAAAAGUGCUAUUAGUUACUAAAUCAUUCCGAAAACGCUUUGGUAAUUUCAUUGUUUACAAAGUCAAUGAAUAAAUUAUUGUUAUGUCCAUUGACAUUUCUUUAUUUCCUGGGAAGAAGUUGGAAGAACAACAAGAUGAAUUAAAAUGAAAACGAUGUACAAUUCUUGUAAAUAUUUAAAUGCAGAUAUGCUUCAGUUAAUAAUACUAAAUCUAGAAAUUGAUAUAUACAAACUUUAGUCUUGGAGGAAAGUAUGAAAUAAAUUACGGUUAUUAUGAAAUUUAAUGUCCUCAUUAACUCAAGUUGUUGUAGCACGGAUAGAGGAAGGUCAUAAGUUAAGACCAUCCUUUGAUCACCGUUUUUGGAAAACAAGCUCAUUUCAGGCAGGUGAUUU